AUGAUUCCACUUCCAGAGUCUGUAAAUCUCCUUUCUAACAGUGAGUUACUAAAUUUAAUAAAAGAGCAUAGUGAUAAGCUUCAACUCUAUAUAUCUAAAUUCCAAUCGGUUGGAAAAUUACAGAAUGAAUUAAAUAAUGAUAAGGAUGCAUUAUUGGAACUCCGAGAAAAGUUCAGAGAGCUUCAAAAGAAUAUAGACUCCACAAAUGCAGAAUUAGAUAGUCUUCGUGUUUUAAAUUCUCAGUACACGAAACUUUGGCAAGAUCUCAAUCAAAUUGUAAAUAAACAAUACAGUGAAGAUACAUUGAAAUCAAAACUUGAAACAAAGACCUCAUAUUUUGAAAUUGAAAGCAAUAAAAUCGAAAAUGAUAUAAGAUCGAAGGAUACUACAUCUGCAAAGUUUAAUUUAGAUGAUUUAAUGAAUAAUUACAUUGAUGCAAGAACAAAUUAUCAUUUAAAUAAGGAGAUAAUGCUGACUUGGAAUAGCCAGCAUUCUUUGAAAAAAUAA